CCAGUCGUGGCCGAAACGUGUCGCGAGUAUCCAGAAAUGAUAUAUCUGACAAUUUGUCUGUUUUUUAUCAUCGUUAUCUUCUGUUGCAUCUACGAUUGUCUCAAGCCGAGGAAUUAUCCACCCGGUCCGAUAUGGAUGCCGUUGCUGGGAUGUUUACCGAUGUAUUGGUGGUUAUAUUCCAAAUAUCAAUAUAAUUAUCGAGUUUUCCAAGCAUUGUCCCGUCGAUAUGGGCCGAUAUUGGGACUGAAGUUUGGAAAGCAGAAGAUAGUGGUAAUUUCAACACACGAUCUGGUGAAGCAGCUUCUACUUCGAGAUGAAUUUAAUGGCCGGCCGGACGGUUUUUUGUUCAGAAUGCGAGCUUUCGGCAAAAGGAAGGGCGUCGUGUUCACCGACGGGGAAACGUGGUCGCAAAGUCGCAGAUUUACGAUGCGACAUCUUCGAGCGUUUGGUAUGGGUCAGUCAAUUAUGAAGCAGCAAUUAACCGUUGAGGCGGAGAAUCUAGUGAAUUACUUACAAGAAAUGAGCCAACGCGGCGCAGUGAAAAUGGAUCGAGUUUUCGAUCUCGCGGUGCUAAACUCCUUGUGGUCCAUUUUUGCCGGGCAUAGAUUCGAGUACAGCGAUGAGAAAUUACGAAAGGUCUUCACAUCUGUUCACGAAGCUUUCAGAUUGUUCAAUAUCACGGGUGGACUGAUCUCUCAAAUGCCUUUUCUGCGUUUCGUGAUGCCGGAAUUAUCAGGAUACAAUGAUCUGAUGAGAAUUAUUCGGGAAUUAUGGAGCUUUCUCGAUGAGGAAAUCGAAGUACACAAGAGAGAGUUAUCCGAUAGUCAGCCUGGCAAUCUGAUCGAUGCGUUCCUUUUAGAGGUUGACAAGAAUAAAGAUCCGAAUUUCGAUCGUGAGAGUUUACUCAUGUUGUGUCUUGAUCUUUUCCUGGCUGGAUUGAAAACAACCAGCGAUACUCUAGCGACUACGUUUCUUUAUUUGUCGCUGUACCCAACGUGGUUGAAGUUACUUCAGACAGAAUUGGACAGGGUCGUUGGUAGAUCGAGAGCUCCUACUGAACAAGAUUUGCCGUUUUUACCGAUGACGGAAGCCUUUUUAGCCGAAAUACUCAGAUACUUCAUCAUGGCACCACUCGGUAUACCUCACAGAGUCAUGAAAGAUGUUGCUCUAAACGGAUACAAUAUACCAAAGGACACGAUUGUCCUGUUUGACUCUCAUAGCGUUCACUUUGACGAGGAGUAUUGGGACGAACCGAGCAAAUUCUUGCCGCAGCGAUUUCUAGACGAAGAGGGCAAAUUUCGUCAGAAUAACGCCAGCAUACCUUUCGGCUUAGGUAAAAGACGUUGCCUGGGUGAGGGAUUAGCGCGUUCCUCGAUGUUUUUAUUUUUUACAUAUGUUAUACACUACUUUGACCUGGAAGUCUCGCAUAAACACGAAAGACCAGAACUACAGGCCUACGACGGCUUCACCAUGUCGCCGAAACCGUAUUACGUCAAACUCUCGAUGAGAUCUGAUUUGAAAGAUUGAAUUACAUAGUUGUUGGAACGGCAUGCCAGCGCUCAAUAAUACAUUUAACGUUCCACGAAAAGGGUCGAACAUACAUUGAUUUCGUCGUGAAAGCGUAAAGCGUAAAUCGGCUUUUUGAAG